UUCUUAAAAAAUAAGGUUAUGUUUUUAUUUUGCAUCGUGCUGCCUUAAUAAGUGCUAAAACAUAUUUUUAAAUAAAAUAAACACGAAAAUGGACAGCAAUCAAGAUUACUUUACAAGUUAUGAAGACUUAGAGAUUCACAGACUAAUGCUGGAGGAUUUCAACCGAACAGAAACAUAUAGAAAGGCUAUACAUGAACAUAAAGAAUGUUUCAAAAACAAAAUAGUAAUGGAUGUAGGAUGUGGCACGGGAAUUUUAUCUGUGUUCUGUGCACAAGCAGGUGCGAAAAAAGUUUAUGCUGUUGAAGCAAGUAAUAUUGCAAAUAUUGCUAAGGAAGUAGUAAAAGAAAACAAGUUUGAAGAAGUAAUAGAGGUAAUACAAAAUGAAGUUGAAAAUGUAGUACUACCAAAUAAUGAGAAAGUAGACAUAAUAGUAUCAGAGUGGAUGGGGUUCUAUCUUCUUCAUGAAGGCAUGUUAGAUUCUGUGUUGGUAGCCAGAGACAAGUUUCUUAAAGAGGAUGGGCAAAUGUUUCCGGAAAGUGCUUCUAUUUAUGUUGCACCAUGUAGUGUUCCAAGCUUAUAUAACCAAUGGGAUAAUUUUCAUGGAGUUUCUAUGUUGACAUUCGCCAAGUUAUUGAGAAUGGAAAGAAGUAAAAAACCAGAAGUUAUGCAAAUACAACCUGAAGAUUUGUUAGGCACUGAAAUUCUUUUGGCUUGCAUAAAUUUAAAAGAUGUCCAGAUAUCAGAAUUAGAUUCACUUGAAAUACAACAUGUUGUGGGUGUCAAUAAGACAGGGAAAUAUCAAGGUCUAUGUUUAUGGUUUGACUGCACCUUCCCUGUGUUUUCUGACAGUUGUGACCCUAUUGUUCUAAGUACAAGUCCUCACAGUCCACAAACACAUUGGAAGCAAACCAUUAUAUUGUUCCCUGAGGAACGAGAAGUUGAAGAAUCAGAACCCUUAGCAUUUAAAUUAAGCAUGUCAAGAGACAUUGUUAAUAAUAGAAGAUACAAUCUUGAAGUAGUAAUUUUGGAUCCUGAUACUGUAGAUCAUCCGAUACCUUGUUCGUGUGAUAUGUCAAAGUGCAUUUUGAUUAAAAUGCUCAUGCUUCAACAUGCCGCACAAAAUGUUGAUGAGAAGACCACCACAGAAGAGAUUCUCGAAGACGAAGUUAUAGAUGACAGUUGAAAU